CUUGUACAGUAUGCUAUUGUAUGCUGCUUUAAAUAUGGCCGCUUGUUCUUAUAGGCUGACUAGAGCUUUCUGAGCUUGGCAAAAUGCAGACUUAUUUGUGCACGGUAUUGACAUAUCCCUCCUAUGCCAGUGAUAGGGUUGCCAGCCCAUAUUUUCCCACAGCAUGUCUUUAAUCGCCGGCAGUAUAUAACAAAAUCCGCUUAGCAAAAUAGACACCUUCGCUUCUCAUCUUUAUUAUAGAGUCCUUGCACCAUACGUCAUUUCUGUGCCUGAUCUUACUGAGAAGGGACAAACACAGUGGUGUUUCAAGAUUCGACUUCUUCACCCUACAUUAUGUUGGAGGAUCUACCUGCUGAGAUUCUCUACCUCAUAGCAUGUCAUUUGCCUACUGUCAAUGCAUUAGUGCAACUUUCGCGGACCAGCAAACGUCUGCAUGCCACCAUUGCUGCCGAUAACUGGAGGAUCUUUCGUGCCUUUGUGCAGAAACAAUUUCCUGGCGCGAAGGUUCCUGGCUUCUGGAGAGAAGCAGCUCAGUCACUCACGUCUCGCUCGAGAGCCUUGGACAAGCAUGCUGUUGUAGGACGGUUUGUUUUUCCGCCGCAAGCAACUAGGAUCGGGUCUGAAAAGGCCAUCCGGGGCGAUAGGCCCACGCUGGGCUAUCGACCUGCCCUGGACACCUACGAGACCUGGAAUGGUUCAGGUUGGAAUGACCGCCGAGAGGUCCUCGCUUGGGGUGCGGCGGACGAACUCUUUCUGCGAGUCAAACAGACAGGCUCGAAAUCCCACGAGAAAUGGAUUAUCUUUAGCGAUCUGGAUCAUAUCAGCAGUGUAGACGACAUAUGUGGUCUGCACAUCCUGAACCCGAACCACCCAGCCUAUGAGGAGGGUACGGAGCAUCUGAUCUUUGCUCGUGCCCGUGGUGAGCUACACCAUCUCGCAAUCUCCAUCGACGAGCCUUCGCAUGAGUACAAGCAAGUGUUUGAGACAUACGGCCUGGGUAUUGAACGUACCGACUUGAGCAACGGGGAGGAACCUAUCCUCGCGGCGCACAUGAACAAUGGCACCAUCGCAUUGUACAAUACAGCAUCAACGAGCUCGAGAGUGUCAGAGUUCGCGCGAAUUCAGAUCGACCCGGCAAAGAAGGCCCGCAACAGAUACUCGAAAUUCCUUUCGUCCGACCUCCUGGCCAUCGGAACAGGGCGCAUCGACGAUGCGAUCGCUAUCUCCUCCAUCACCAACCAGCGCAUAUCGGUCGACCGAGAAAUCAGCCUGAACCUGGUUGAUUACGACAGAUUGGAUUCCUCCACGGCCAUCAAGUCGGACGUAAACGCCAUUGCACCUCUGAGCCCAACCGGGCAGGUCUUCCUCGCAGGAUGGGGCGAUCGCGGCGUCAGACUCCAUGACCUCCGCUCCAACGCAGAGCAUGAGCAGACAUACCGCGACGUCACCGACGACAACCCGAUCUACUGCAUCCAGCCCCUCACGCACAACCGCUUCAUCGUCGGCUCCGGCGGCGAAGCCCUCGUCAAGAUCUUCGACCUCCGCAUGGACCGCGGCUACAGCUACCUAGACGCAAAGCCCUCGAUGAGGAGUUUCGCGCGUGCAUCCCCGAAGAGCAAGACCACUACCGCUACCAUCAACACCCUGGACCACCAGCUCCAAAACCUCAACCUCAACCUCACCUCCAACGGCACCACACACCCCCGCAAAGAAAUGUCGAUCUACCUCUCCCAGCCCGCACCAACCACCUAUCACGCGCCGCGACCCCAGCACCACCGCCCCUACCGCGGCGCAAUCUACACCAUGGCCUCGCCGUCCCCCAGCUCCCCGACCCUCUACACGGGCGUCGCCGACGGCGUCGUGCGCCUGGACUUUGUCGCCACCGACGACCUCCUCGGCCCCGACCGCGCCUGGCACGCCGCCCCGCUCUCCCUCAACCUCGCCUCGACCCAGCACUCGCGCCGCGCCGACCGCAUCCUCGACCUCUCGGGCUACGAGCGCCCCGACCCCGCUAAUAGCUCGGCGGUCGUGCGGCUGCGCACGCAGCAGGCCUUCCGCGAAGUCUCGGCUGAGGACGCCGAAGAAGAGCGUGCUACCGGGUGGGACCGUCGGUGGACCCGUCUGAAGGAUUUCAGCUCGUGGAGACGGGCGCUGUAGAUGGAACAGAGCUUUUUGCAUGGUGAUUGGGGAGGUGCGAGUCGUGAGUUGCACUUUGGAUUACGGACUUUGGGUUCUUGUGCUUGGUUGGUCCGGUCAUUUAGGGUUCGUAUAGACCUGAGGUAUAAAGAUUGUUUUCUUUCCUGUUUUGUCUACGUUGCUGUACAGGGU